GAACAUCGAGCUGCGGUCACACAUCAUCUGAGGAAACCAAAAAAUAACAAAACAACCAAAAACAGGGGGAAUUUCCACGCUGACUUUUAUUGUUCUUCUUCUCGGUUUGGAUCUCAGCCUUUUUUUAUCGGAACCGGUUGGCAGAACAGAAGCACUCCUGCAUCUCCAUCAUUUUUCUUUCUGCUCAAUAUCUCUGUUUUUCUCCUCGGAUUGAAAGGCGCUCCGCCAAUAUGCUUAACAACAUGGAUUUGAACUCUCAGGACUCUUUCUACCCGCAGUUUGAGAGUUGUAACACCUCAACCAUGGGAAUGGCAACUCCCGGAGCCAAAGAAGAGCGGGACUUGGUGUUUAUGGACGCAGCGCACUUUCAGCACGCAGACACCUCGGUAACGCCAAAGACCGAGCCGGUCUCGGCGGACCUGUACUCGCCGUGUUUGGGCCCCCGGGGAAGCUUCGACUCCUCGCUGUCCUACUCGGGCAGCUUCUACGUGGAGGCGUCACGCGGAGCCUCGUGCAGCGCGGAGACUCUGCUCAGCAUGAUCAGCGAGAUCGUCGGCGGCGUGUCCACGAGCCCCGGCGGGAGCUCCAGCCCGCCUCCACUGUACCCCCCGGUGGGGCAACAGCAGCAGCAGCCGCAGCCGGCGGGUCAAGGCUACGCGGACUCCGUGCCCCUGGCCGAGGCGGCCGCGCUGCCCGUGCUGGUGGUGAAGCGCGAGUUGGAGAGCGACGGGUACGAGUGGGGCACGAGCGAGUAUGACAGUAACAACAACUCGAACAAUGCAAACAACUCGAACAACAACAACACAAACAACUCGAACAACAAUGCAAACUCCAACAGUGGCUACUACUGCUACUUCCAACCGGAGCCCUUCCAGCACGGGGACGUCAAAGACCUGCUGGACACCUUCAACCACGUGAACCCCGAGCCGGACUUCAAAGCCGCUGAGAGCACCGUCAAGCACGAGCAGGACUUCGCAAGCGCGUGCGUGCACGCUUUUGGCGCGUACGGUGCCGAGGAGGACCUGCACAACACCAACAGCCUCAGCACCACCAACAACAGCAUCAGCACCAACAGCAUCAACAGCAGCUACCUGACCUCCUCCUCUUCAUCAUCCUCCUCCUCAUCGUCCUCCCUAUCCUCCUCUUCCUCCUCCUCCACCAUCGACUCGCUCCUCUUCUCCUCCCUGCUGCCCGAGACCUUCGCGCAGACCUACGCGCCCCGCGCGCCCAAGCCCGCCCGUGCGCGCAAAAGCGCAGCCGGCUCCCAGGCCCGCGGUACGCCGCCGCGCGCCAAAGAGAAGCCCUUCGCUUGCCCCAUGGGCGGCUGCGAGCGCCGCUUCUCGCGCUCGGACGAGCUGAACCGGCACGUGCGCAUCCACACCGGCCACCGACCCUUCAGGUGCCGCGUGUGCGCGCGCAGCUUCAGCCGCAGCGACCACCUGACCACGCACACGCGCACGCACACCGGCGAGAAGCCUUUCUCGUGCGACUCGUGCGGCAAGCGGUUCGCGCGCAGCGACGAGCGCAAACGGCACGCGCGCGUCCACCUCAAGCAGCGCGAGAAGGAGCUCGAGAGGCAGGCGGCCGGAGCGGCGGCGGCUGCAGCUGCGGCUGCGGCGGCAGCGGCGACCGGGGGGUGGUCGUUUCCCAGCACACGAGGGGGGCUUCUGAGUUAAACAAAGAAACAAACUAUUGAACAAACAAACUAAUGAUCAAAGGCCUGAGGAGCUUCUGAGGCCCUGUAAUGUAGAGCUUUGUGAAAGGGAAUCUCGAGGGAAAGAGUGGGUGUAGGUGUGUAAGAGGUGAAUGUAAGUGUGAACGUGUGUGUGUGUGUGUGUGUGUGUGUGAGCGCAAGAAGCUUCUUGGAACACCUUGGAAGGCAUCAAAGCUUUUAUGUAUGUAAAAACAAUAAAACCGUCACAUUGCAGUAUAGGGCUCACAGAGUACAGCACUCUUAAAAAUAAAGGCUCUCCAGAUGGUUCUUUCAUUGAUGUCAUAGGCCUUGAAGAACCAUGUUUAUACAGUAAUUCAAUAAUGAUACAUCAUAAAAAGAAAUAUAAUAAUCUGAAGCUUUAAAAGGUUUAACACAUCGCCAAAUCUAGACAAAAUCUAACCAGAACUGGUUAUUCUCCUUUGGUAUCCCCCAAGGAACCAUUUGAAGCCCCAUUAUGUUUAAGAGUUUAGGUGCUUGGCCCCCUAAUGAAAGGCUAUGUGAUCAAAGUUUGAGCAUCAGAAUGGAGGCCGAGAACUCUAAAAGGAACCCAGGUCUGCUCCUUCCUUCACCACCCCUCUGUGCCGCUUGCUCUCUGUGCAGCAACUGCAGAACUGAAAGGGAAGAAAAACUCUUUGAUCUCUUGAUCUUCUGGGGUUCAAAUUUUGGUUUACGUUUUCCAUCUGACCUGCAGUUCAGCAUUUGCUCCUGCUGGACAGCUCCUCCGACCUCAAUUCCUCCUGAAUGUAUUGCACUUAAUCUCCUUAAACUUUAAGAGUCUUUUAUUGGAAAACAAAACAGAAACAUUUGUGCUUUUUUGAGUCUUUUUAUAUAUCUAUAUAUCUAUAUGAUGUGACCCACCUGUUUGAUAACUCUUGGAAAAUGCAUGUUUAUGUUAAUGUGUGACGUUGUUUUAAUUAAUAGCUGAUGAAUUAUGGCCAGGCUGCUCAAGCCGGGUCGUCUUUACCUCGUCUGGAAAACCCUGCCUUGCCUAAACCACGACUUGUGGUUUAUUCGCAUCAAGGCUUUUUUUAGUUUUUGUUGGCUUAUUUUUGUUGGUUUGUUCGUUUUAGUUUUUGUUUUACGAUAUCGUCACUGUCACAACAAAAAUAAUUAUAUCUCCAAAAUGGCACCUUCAUAGGAGAAGGAAGAUGAGUUAUAUAGAAAACCUCAUUGACCUAUUAAGAAAUCAGUAUAAAAUAUUUUAACUCUAUUGACCUGUUUACAAUCAAGAACAAAAAGUGUCAAAAUUGACGAACAUUGGCAAAAAAAAUGGAGAUACAAUAUUGUUGUGUGACAGUGACUAUGCAGGGUUUUUUUUUUACAGUUUUUUUUUUCAACGUUUUUUUGGUUGCUAUGCUAUUAAAUGGUAAUUGUGUUGUUUGACGAGGAAAUUUAUUCUCUAAGUGUCAGAUUUGGACAUGAAAAAUGAUAAUAAAUAUAUUUAUAUGCCUAUGAUCAUUUGUAUUUUUCUAAACGUUUGCCUAUAUUUACAUGGUUGCUUCUUUGUACAUUAAAAAUGAAAAAAAAAAUACAAGAAGUUUUAUUUAUGAACAGUGUUUCCUAUGUGUGUUAACAUGGGGGAAAGGCAGAACUCGAUGGGAGAUGUAACGGAUUCCCAGUGUCCACAGGAUUACAGACUCUUUUCUUUUUGAGCGCCUUGUCGCUGUUGGACGGUUGGCGCUUUCCAAACCCACCACAUGUGUGUGUGUGUGUAUAUAUAAAUCAAUGAACUCGGAAUCACAUGGCUCUUGUAGUUCGUAAUAUGAUGAAGCAGGACUAGAAUAGCACAAGGCUAAACGUUGCUGUUGAGUAACUAGGUAGCACACAUUGCUGCAUUUCUUUUCUUUUUUCUUUUCCUUUUCCAGUAGUUCUUCUUCUACACAAGGGUAUUACAAUCUCACGACAGUCAUAUCGCAAUUGUAUUGUACUGGGCAAAGUGGUUGUUUGAAAAAUUAUGAGGUGACUGGGGGGGUGGUAUUGAUGGGGAACUUGCCUUAAGUUAUUUUUAAUCUCUUCCAAUGCUGGGAGAAUGAUUUUGUACAUAUUGAGACGGUUUAUACAAGAAUACUUUGAAUGAACAUUGAUGUUUGUUAUUUUUAUGACUGAUGUUUAUGAAUAAAACUAUUUGCUGAGUCUUUUAAAAAGGCAUCCUGUUUAUUUAUGUCAAAAUGAUGCUGGGUUAUUAAUUAUAAAAUUGUGGGUUAGAGAGCCUGGUCAAUUAACAGUAUGGCUGACCCUGCAGUCUGAUCACAAGGUUGUGGGUUGUAUGGCCUGAUUUUUUAGACUACCAGUA